AUGGCCGGGGAAAAAGAAGCCGAUUCCCAACCCCAAGCCCGCUACCUUAUCCGGCAACCACUGGCUCUCCAAUGGUUCGACAACGGAAAGCUUGUUAAACGAAGCGAGGAGGAGCGACAAGCUGGCCGCUUUGAACUCUUCUUGGAUUUGCUCUAUGUUGCGAUUUUAGCAAAUUUUGCUGAAAGUCUGGCCGAGGAUGUCACUGGUGUCAAGCUUGUUAAAUACAUUCUAAUUCUGGCACCAUCAUGGCACGUCUGGUCCGACCUCCGCGAACUAAUGAACAGCUUCUACAACGAUGACCUCCUUCAACGCAUCCUCAUUCUCUGGAUCAUGGCCAUUCUGAUCGUCUACGGUAAUAAUGCGCCUUUAGUCGACGAGGAGAUAUCCGCUAUGCGCUCGACUGUCGGCGCAUACAUGGCGGCACGUCUGAGCGCGAAUCUCGCUCAUCUUUUCUACUCAUUUAGUUGUUAUCAUCAUCGCGCGCAACAACGGUUAUGGUUCGUCAUGUCGACUGUCGCGUUGUGUAUAUAUAUCCCGCUAUACUUUGAAACUGUUUCGUUACGGAACAAGAUUGCUGUUGCUGCUGUUGCGGAGAUUGUGGAGGAGGCAACCUGGAUGUUCUGUUAUUCACCCAUUGCGAAACGUAUACUUCGAGCUCGGUACACGACUGCCGUUGAUAUUGCGCAUGAAAUUGAUCGUUUCACGGCGUUUUAUAUCAUUGCUCUCGGGGAGUUUCUAUACACUAUUGUCGUCGGAUCCCCCGCUGCAGUUGGGUUUAAUCUUUCGCUGCUUCGGUCUGUAUGGACGCUGGUUAUUGCUUUUUGUUUGAAUUGGAUGUAUGUUCAUAACGACUGCGCGACUGAUUAUACGCAUCCGAUUCGACACAGUGUUGGCAGGGCUUUUGCUUGGGUUACUCUCCAUCUACCCCUGAUCGCAAGUUUGCUCGCUGGCGGACAUGUGGCUGCAGCAAGCGCAAGAUCAUCUUAUGAUUCCACCACCAGCACAAGCACAGCCCACCGAAGAAGUGAACAGGAAACUAGCAGCAGCAGUGAGAACAGCUCAACAGAAAAAUCAACCCACUUCAACGACGGUCAACACUGGCUCCUCUGCGCCAGUCUCGGCAUCGGCCUAUUCUGUCUCUACGUCAUGUCCCUCCUCUACUCCACCACAGACGGCGACUGCAAACUAAUCCUUCCCAAACAUUUCCGGAUCAUAAUGCGGCCCAUCGUCGGGCUGAUUAUUGUGUUGUUACCGCUUGCGAAAUCGCUCAAUUUGACCGAGACAUUGUCUGUGAUUAUGGCGUUGGUUGCCUUUUGUGUUAUUUGGGAGAAUGUUUCGAGCUUACAGCGCGGGGCGAAGGUUUGGGAGUCUUGGAGGGAUACGAGGUAUCCUGAGGGGGGGAACCGGGUUCAGGAUGGUGAUGCUACUAUAAAUGAUAGGGGGGUGGUGGAGGAUGGAGGGAGUAAUAAUGCUGUGAAAGUGUAA